CUUUGGUGAUACCAGAGACUUAACCCCACUGGAAUUUUUAAACCUUCAAUAAAAUGUUAUGAUCUACAACUUGUGCUAAGCAUACUGGAGAGGGAUAGAAACACAAGACUAGGCACUGCAGAAUAGGAAGGAUGCUGUACCUACACAUUAGCCUUUAUGGGGAAGAAUCCCCAUCAGACACAGUGCUGAAGAGUGCUGAUGUGGACAGCAUUAUAUGGCUUUUAACCUUAUUUUCUCAUUUGACACUUGUAUAUAAAAAUGUCAACCCAAGGCUUCAGAAUUUGGAAGUCACCAAGAAGUUUUUCCUUUGUUUCACUUCCACUGUUUCUUCCUCUUUCAGAAACAUAGAUUAAUUCUUUUUCCUACUCUAAUUGGGAAUUAGAUCAAUCCAGUUAAGAGAACCACUGGGAUUAGACAUUAACUGACCCUACAGCCCUGCACUGACCCUACAGCCCUGCAUUUGUGUGCACACUGUUGUCCCACAAAUUACAGGUGAUUCAACAACUAGGACCUCUACUACAAAGCUCAGCAAAUUUCAAAAUUCAGCUUUGGUCCUAUAUUAGUUCUCAACAGAAUUACAAAACAUGGCUACUAAAAUAUAGUGUAAAUUUUUCUCCUUGUGACAAAGAAGGCCAACAGAAUCCCGGACUGCAUUAGAAAAGCAUCACCAGCAGCUUAAGGGGAGUUGUCCAUUGUCUUGGUCCUGGUGAGACCAUUUGGAGUGCUGAGUUCUGUUCUUAACCCCUCAGUACCCAACUCAGGAGCAUGUACUAGAGCAAGUGCAGCAAACAGUCGUGUACCUCAUUCAUGGAUCAGAAUAUCCACCAUAUCAGGUGAAGCAGAGAGCUGGUGCUUCUUGGCCAGGAGACAAGAAGGCUCUGGGGAGGUCUUACCAAAAUGUAAAAAAUAGCUGGUGAAGCAGGGGAGGUAGGGAAGAGGAAACCAGACUCCUCUCAGUGAUGCCCACUGACUGGGCGUGAAACUAUUAGCAUGUAUUUUAUUUUAUUUUAUUUUAUUUUAUUUUAUUUUAUUUUAUUUUAUUUUAUUUUAUUUUAUUUUAUUUUAUUUUAUUUUAUUUUAUGUAUUUUUAUUAUUUAUUUAUUUAUUAUGAUUUAUUAUUUAUGUUAAUAUUUAUUUAUUAUGUAUUUUAUUUUAUAUAUUUAAGUAUGUUGUUGGUCAUGCACAUUUUUGGAAGGAGCAAAACAUAUCUGUACCCGUCUUCAUAGUGGAAGAAGUGCUAAAAAAAGAAUAACUGGGAAAACAUACAGCUAUAGUACAGGGAGUAUAGGAUACAGUACAGAAGGACUGCUAAAUUUCAGUGAAGAUUCUAUAUCAAAAAUGACCCAAUUUUUCCUUCACAUAUCUUCAACAUCAUUGAGCACUAUGGUUUCAAUGGAAAGGAUAUUCUAACUUCAGUAGAAGUUGCAUCAUCAUCUUGUAACAUUUUACAUUUCCCCUUUUUUUGAUCUGCCUUUAGCAUACUGUGUGCUGAGUCUAAGAGAAGCAAUUUCUUUAUCUUAGUAAAGAUAAUAUGCCCCAGAAAUAAUGUCCUUUUGUAUGAUAUUAUGAAAAUCUGUCUUUAUAUUUUCCCAGGAGCCUUUGCUUGUUUGUAUUUUCCUACCACUAAGCAAUAAUUUAUUAAAGCUCUAGUUACAGUGGGAAAGAAGGUUGUAUCUCACUACCAGCUGUAAGAGCCAAACUCCACCAAAUACAAUGUUCAUAAUUUGAAAUACGACAUAUUUGUAUCUGAUGUUUUAUAUAGAGUAUCUGAAUAACCAUUCACCAAAAAUUCAGAGAGAACCUUGACUUGUGAGGAUUUAAUACCAAUCUAUGUAUGAAAAAGGUUUAUUUUUGCCUACAUUAAUUUCAAAGCCAUCAAGACAAUUUCAUUGACAGAUUUAAACUUACAAAAAUGCCACCCAUUACACAUGAACAUUAUCCAGUUAUCAGGACGUAUCCCAUUUUACACUGGUCAGUCCAUGAUACACAAUUACACAAUUGUAUUAGUUUCCCUGGAAACACCCCAAUUAAGCAAGUUUCUUGAUUGAAUGGUGUCUAUUAAAAACAUUAGUGUGAAAUUCCACAGGACGGACAGAAAGAUCUACUAACGUCUAAGUUAAUUACUUCACUGCCUUCAGCUGAGUCUUCCUUCUUUUCUGUUUCCAUGCAGAGACUGAGAGAUUGACACACCAUGCUAUUCUUUCAUGGCCCUUUCUAAUUUUUUUUCUAUCUUUCCUGCAUUCAGAGAGCGACUGAUUAGCUCAGAGUUUUAUGGUAACAGGUAGCAAAAUGCUAGGAGGCUGGCAUUAUGUUGUUUUCUCCAAGUCCUGUUAGUAUAUUUUGCCUGGUGUUUCAUGGAAUACUAAAUGUAAGUGACUAUAUUAUCACAAGUCUUUGUGACUGGCAACUGUUAUUGGCAUCAUAUAUCUAGGAACAGCUGUUGUUGUUUUAUUAGAAAAUACUCCAGUGAUGCUUAGUGUAGAAAGGAGCCAAGACAGUAUCAGCAGUGUCAUUCCCUCUGCAAUUAGUAUAGUGUAGAAUUUGCUAACCUGUAUUAAAAAUUUACUUUUUCUAAUCAACUAUUUAAAUUUUCUAGAGGAAAUGCAUGCCUUACAGAAUAUUCAGAGAGACCAUAUGUGAAAUAAAUUGUCCUAAUACUAUUACUUCUGAAUAUUGUGCAUAUUACCAAAUUAAAAAUAAAAAUAUGGAGGCAUGAUAUGAGAAACCUCCAGACAGUCUUCAUUAGGAACAUGAAGAUAGCUCAGUUGUAUGUUCAUUAGACAAGUAAAAAAUUUCUGUCCCACUGUAAUGUAUUAGAAUAUGAAAAUUUUUACUGCCAUGAUCUAUUUUGUUAUGAUUUUCUGUUAGCUGUCUAGAGAUAGAAAUGUAACAAUAUUGUAACAAUGUAACAAUUUGAUGUGAAAAUUAUUUUUGUAUUUUUAUAUUUUACUACAUUUAAGUCCUCUUCGAAAUUGAAAUAGCAGUAGUGUGGUGAGUCAAUUAUGUCUCAUUGUGAUUCAUCAUCAAACUAUAUGCAUUAUUUUUAUAUUCAACUUGAUAUAUUAUGCUUUUUAACUCAAGGCCCAAUUGCUAAUUCCACUUGGUGAUAUAUUUUUGGAUGGCCAUUUCUAAAGAACUGUCAUUAGUAAACCAUAUAAAAACUUUUAAGAAAAAUAAUUUCUGCAUAAAUUAGUAGUUGUAAGAAUAUUUAUUAAUAACUCAGCAAAUAAAAAAUAUUCAUAUAAUAAGACAAGAAACAGAUAUUGGUGGAGUGUCAAAUAUGUUCUCAGACAUAUGGCUGGGACCAGUUCUUUUGCACUGCAGCUGAGAAGAAAAAUAAUGAUUAGUGAAUGUGAAAUUUGUGGCAGGAAAUGGUAGAAUCCUUUGUUUUCACUCUUUCAAAUCUAGGAGAAAGGGAAAGGGUUUGUAAUUUUUUUGCAGUUUGAGAAGUUACUGUUGGAGGUAGGGGUUACUGUGUUAUUCCCUGGUGCUUUAGAACAAGAACAUGAAAAUUCCCAGUGCAAUUGCUCUCAGUGUGCGAGCAGAGGAGGUCCCUGGCAGUGACUGAGCAAGUUUUCUUCGGCUGCAGCUAUUAGAGUACACAAGUUUAAGAAAGAGUUGGACUUAAACUUGGCAACAUCCUUAUCCCAGUAUGAUCUUAGCCAUUCCUCAUUUAUGUAUCUUCUGUAUAGGAACUUUGUAAUCUAUAAAUAAGCUGGAAUUUUCAUUACUUUUUGUACAAAUGUACCACUUAGUGUUUUUCUAAUUGGUUGACUUUUAGCUGGAUGAUUAGUUCUCCAGCAGUUACCUGCAAGACAAUCAAUUCAGGUUUAGUGUAUUACACAUGCCCAAAGAGAGACUGAUUUUGUGAGCAUAUUCUAUAACUUACUAAUUGGAGAUGCAAAACAAUUUUUUUUUAAAUCUGCAGAAACUAGUUUUCUUUUGGUACAGCUGUAUAUUUCCUUCAUAACUAGUCUAUAUCCUUUUCAGUACUGCUUUUAAACAUAGCAAGUCCACAAGUUAGAAGGGACAAAAAGAGCCCCUUCUUUUCUUCUGCCCCUGUAAUCAUUGUCAUGAGCUCUUGAGUCUGGGAAGGGAACUUAUUGAACGUGAUUGAAGAAGUUCUGUAUUUUGAUAUACUGCUAGAAUUGUGUAAGUUUGCUGGAUUCCUUAGGCAAGACUCAUGCAUACAAUGACUUCAAGGGUUGUAUCUAAAUUUCCCUGGAAUUUCUUUGCGAAUACUGCUGCAGUCCAAGACAGUAAUAUCCUUUUGAGGCUCCUUUCAUCAGACUUUUUUUCUCCAUGACAAAUUCAAAUUCUUUUAGCAUUCAAACUGAUGAAAGGCUUGACCUUACAUCAGUAACACCAAAUCUCAGUAUUUAGUCUUAAAAUGUAGGCUUAAAAGAAAUGUCAGAGUUCAUUGAGGCUAGUUUUUUCAAACUGUCAGCUUUUUCCUUGAAAUGGCAUAAUUUUGCAUUCUUAAGAAAACUUUGAUCACUGUAUAUCAAAUUAACCUGCAAUAGUGGAUAUAAUCUCUUUAAACAGAUAUUCUUUACUCCUGCCUCUGAGAAGUCUCUGAAACAUGUCAAUACAAAUGUAUGUGCAUGUAUUUAUUUUUAUAUAUAUAUGAAGAAAGAAUUGCAGAUUUUCACAUUCUAAAUGCUUUUCUGAAGCAUCAAGACUUCCCUCUGGUUGUCAAACAUCUUACUGCAGAAACAAAUGAUUUGAUUACAUAUAUUCUGAGUACCUGAUGAAUAUUCAUAAUUUUGUCUUAUUCACUGGAAAUUACUAAGAAAAUACCUUAAAAUAAAAUGUUUUCUUUCCAGCCAUAUCCCUGGGUUGUUACACCUAAGAAACAUUUCAUCCAAGAGUAGGUAGGCUGAAAGGUAACCCUGUAUUUUAUCCCUUUCACUUUAUGCACUGAGGUGGGAAUCUUUGGAGGGUGAUUUGACAUGAAUUUGAUUUCAUGUUAUAUUGUCUAGAGUUUAGGAGAAUGAAAGGAAACAUGUAUUUUCACUCCUUUUUGGCCUCCUUUUUUCUCCUCCCUGCUAUUAAUACAACUACUUUCCUGGCAAAGAGAUUAAAAAUUUGCUUCUGCCAUAGUGCAGUAAAAUAGUGAAAGAAUCUGGAUAGAAGCAGCCCAUCCCCCAGAUCAUGAGAUCUGUCUGAAUCUGGAGCUAUGCACAACCUAAGAGAAGUUUUACAUGAGAGAGAACACUCUGAAGACUGUGUAUUAAAGCAUUGAUUCAUAUGUGCUGCAGCUGCAAGCCAGAGGACGUAUAAAUAGCAAAUUGAAACAGCUUCCAUUUCAUUCCCUCCAAGAGCUUACAUCCCCCAAAUUCAAACAACUAGCUACUUCUUGCCUUCAAUUCCCUAUCCUGCUAGCAAAAUCAUUUUUAAUGUAUAUCGCUGAGCAGCUCAGAGAGAUUUUGUUUUAAAAGUUCUCAAAAUCCAGCAGCCCAAGUGAUGUCAGCGAGCAGUGUUGUUCUUUCCAUCUAAUCUGGUGUAACAGCUUCCCUUCUGGUUAUGUUAAAUUGUAGAAUUACUCUUUUCAGCUCUGCUUUUCAAAUCUAGAUCAUUUUUACAUGGGGUACCUAUCAUUUAUACUGCAGAUGCUGCUUCUGACCAGUAAUACAUUAAAAAAAAAAAAAAAAAAAGGCAGUAGCUUUCUUUUCUUUCAUCCUGUUGUAUCCUGCUGGAGCUUUGGGACUCAAGCACGCUCUGGUUUCAUGGCUCACUCCAGGAUGCAUGUCCUGCCGGCUGGAAGCAAAGCUCCUUUGCACCAGCAGGGAAUGUGCCAGGGCCUUCACUUAUAUGUUAAUUACAUUUUUAAUAUGCUGCUUUAGCAGGUUGAGUAAGCAGAGUCUGACAUGGUUGCCCCAUUCCUGAAGCCCUGAAUCAGGAGAAUGCCAAUAAUCUUAAUUCUGAAUAAGGUGUGUUUGGAGUAAAGAUGGUCCAGAUUUUUGAACUACUUUUGCAUCAACCAGCCUGCCUUGAUCCAGACCAGCCUGAAAGGGCACAAAUUAUCCACCAGCUUACAGUCACUGGUGUAGUGAUAUGAAUAUAGGGAUGUCAGAGGGCAGUAAAUCUUUAAAGGAGUAGGACUGAUCUGGUAGGGGACGGGUUGCUAAUAUGACACCUCCUGUGCCCCACCAGAAUUGGAGGGAGGUAUUAAAGGGCAUCAUUCAGUCUGAAUCCUACAGCCGGACCGUGUGGACGGCUGAUGAACGAGCCAGCAGUGGAAUGUUUAGCAGGCUGUGACGACUUUGCACAGAAAUAGGAAAAUUUAUCGCCGGCUUGCCACAGCAGUACCGUACUGCCCGCUUUCGGUGGUGCGCCCCUUCUGUGCACUCCCGCCCCGCUCGCCAGCCCAGCCCUCCCGGCUCCCGGCCCCCCUUCCCGGCACCGAAUUUAGGGGCUCGCUGUCACCAAGCUGGAGCCGUCCUUCUUCUGCACCUCAAGCACGAACAGGGGGGGUUUCGCAGCCGCCGCACAGUUACCGGACAAAGAUAUCCCUGUGCCCGAACACACCGGCUAUAUCGCAGCUAAAGAGGCAGUAGGUUUGAUUUGGCAAACCAUUUGGAAAAGGAGGAGUGGAGAAGUGCCCUGUAACCAUUGAACAAGAGAAAAUGGUCGGCCGUGGAACUCUAUUGUGAAGACCUCAGAAGAAAUACAAUUUUCCCAGUCAGCUUUUCAUAAUGUAAAUAUAAUUUGAGCUUUCCCAAAUGGACAGCUAAACCAUGAACAAGCAGAAAAACCUAAUUUGGACUGUAUUUCUGAAGCAGACUUCACCUUCUCUCUCGGGAACUUAUUGAAGGAUUACAGCUGAAAAGGACAAGAGAAAGAAAACCUUGAACAGGAAUCUUAGCCUACAAUGAGAAUUACAAGUACAUCUUGUAUUUGCCCAGUCCUAGUUUGUCUCUGUUUUGUGCAGAGGUGUUAUGCAGCUGCUCACCAUGGCUCCAUCAAGGUGACCAGAAAUCAAACCAAACACAUAGAAGGAGAAACAGAAGUGCAUCAUCGUCCAAAGCGUGGAUGGGUGUGGAAUCAGUUCUUUGUUUUAGAAGAACACAUGGGACCAGAUCCUCAGUAUGUAGGAAAGCUGCAUUCCAAUUCCGACAAAGGUGAUGGAUCAGUCAAAUACAUUCUUACUGGAGAAGGGGCAGGGACUAUAUUUAUUAUUGAUGACACAACUGGAGACAUCCAUUCAACCAAAAGCCUAGAUCGAGAGCAGAAGACACACUAUGUGCUUCAUGCCCAAGCUAUUGAUAGACGGACAAACAAGCCACUCGAGCCCGAAUCUGAGUUCAUUAUCAAAGUGCAGGAUAUCAACGACAAUGCACCAAAAUUUACAGAUGGACCAUACAUUGUUACUGUGCCAGAGAUGUCUGAAAUGGGUACAUCUGUUCUACAGGUGACAGCCACAGAUGCAGAUGACCCCACAUAUGGAAACAGUGCCAGAGUAGUGUACAGUAUUCUUCAGGGACAGCCAUAUUUCUCUGUUGACCCCAAAACAGGAGUCAUCAGGACUGCCUUGCACAAUAUGGACAGGGAAGCCAGAGAGCAUUAUUCCGUUGUCAUUCAAGCCAAAGAUAUGGCUGGGCAGGUCGGAGGGCUGUCAGGGUCAACAACUGUAAAUAUCACUCUCACAGAUGUCAACGACAAUCCACCCAGGUUUCCUCAGAAACAUUAUCAACUGUAUGUUCCUGAGUCGGCUCAAGUUGGAUCAGCAGUUGGCAAAAUCAAAGCAAAUGAUGCAGACACUGGUUCAAAUGCAGACAUGAAGUACACAAUUAUAAAUGGUGAUGGUGCUGGGAUAUUCUCCAUAUCUACCGACAAAGAAACCAGGGAAGGAAUUCUCUCUCUGAAAAAGCCACUCAACUAUGAAAAAAAGAAAUCAUAUACACUUAAUAUAGAAGGAGCAAAUACUCACCUGGAUUUUCGCUUUUCGCACUUGGGACCAUUCAAAGAUGUAACGAUGUUGAAGGUCAUCGUUGGCGAUGUGGACGAACCCCCACUCUUCACUAUGCCUUCCUAUGUCAUGGAAGUCUAUGAAAAUGCAAAGAUUGGGACUCCUGUUGGCACCGUAACAGCACAUGAUCCUGAUGCUGCAAACAGUUUAGUGAGAUAUUUCAUUGAUCAUGACACAGAAGAAGAUAGGUAUUUCACCAUUGAUGCUAGUACUGGAACCAUUAAGACUGCCAAGAUCUUUGACAGAGAGGAGACACCUUGGUACAACAUCACAGUGGCUGCUUCCGAGAUAGACAAUCCUGAGCUAGUGAGCCAUGUUCCAGUUGGCAUUAGAAUCCUGGAUGUCAAUGACAAUCCUCCCGAGCUUGCCAGAGAUUAUGAUGUAGUCGUCUGUGAAAAUACAAAGCCUGGUCAGGUAAUUCAGACUAUCACUGCUACUGACAAAGAUAACUCUGCGAAUGGUGCAAGAUUCCAUUUUUCUCUUGAUGAAGGGCUUUCUUUGAAUCCCAACUUUACUCUAAGGAACAAUGAAGAUAAUACAGCCAGUAUUCUGACAAGACGAAGGAGAUACAGUCGAACCACUCAAGAUAUUUAUUACCUCCCGGUUUUGAUUUCUGAUGGCGGCGUGCCCCCCCUCAGCAGCAGCAGUACCCUCACAAUCCGGGUUUGUGCCUGUGAGAGAGACGGACGAGUGAGAACUUGCCAUGCUGAAGCUUUCCUAUCCUCGGCUGGCUUGAGCACAGGAGCUUUAAUUGCAAUCCUGCUCUGCAUUGUCAUCCUUCUUGUUUUCUCUUUAGCAAUUGUGGUCCUUUUCAUCACCCUAAGACGUAGCAAGAAGGAGCCUUUGAUCAUUUCAGAAGAAGAUGUCCGGGAAAAUGUUGUCACAUAUGAUGAUGAGGGAGGUGGAGAGGAAGACACGGAAGCAUUUGAUAUCACAGCACUGCGGAAUCCAUCUGCUGCUGAAGAGCUAAAAUACCGGAGGGAUGUUCGGCCUGAAGUGAAGCCUCUGUCCAGGCAUCAUCCCUCCUCAAGCCUUGACAGUAUAGAUGUUCAGGAGUUCCUUAAUCAAAGACUGGCAGAGGCUGAUCUGGACCCCAGUGUGCCCCCAUAUGACUCCCUGCAGACAUAUGCCUAUGAGGGUCAUAGAUCAGAAGCUGGGUCUAUCAGCUCUCUGGAUUCAGCAACGACACACUCUGACCAGGAUUAUAAUUACCUUGGAGACUGGGGACCUGAGUUCAAGAAGCUAGCUGAACUCUAUGGGGAAAUAGAACCAGAAAGAACAACUUAGUUGCAAUUCCCAGAACAGAGAAGUUCCUAAACAACUGGACAGAUAAUGACAACAAUGAUAACAAAAAAAAAAAAAAAAAAAAAGUGAAUACAGUACUUGGAACUGAAUAAGUUGUAUGCAGUUACUGUAGAACAAGUGCCCUUUUCAAAUUUGAAACUGGGUUCUCCAAUUGAAAGAAAGUCAAAUUUUGGAAAAUACAGAAAAAAGAAUCUAUUGUCCCUUGUGUAUUUUUUUAAUUGCUCAUUAAAGUGUCUGGUACCUUAUCUGCAACAAUACCUAAAGUAAAGCCAAGAAACGACAUUUUAUUGCAAUAUGCCUAACAGCUCCAAGCUGCAGUAAAUUUAUGGUCGUGUCUGUUUGAGAAGAGAGCUAAAAGAGGAUCAAAUCUAUUGCAGGUGGUUGUGAUGUUGCAUUUCUAGCUGUACUCUAGGCCUUGUGAUCCCAACAUGAGGUAGACAAUGAGGUUUACUAUCAGUGUGAGAAGUGCUACCAGUCUGUUUCCUUUACAGAGGUGAUAAGCCACACCUGUCCUGUUAAAUAAAUGGUCCUUUGAUGAUUUAAUCUUAUUGACUUAGCAGAUUGCAUUGAGAAGCUGUCAUUUUGUUAUGUCCUUGAUAAUCUUGUCAUCCAUAACCAGCUAACAGAUGGAGGGCAUCAUUAUCUGUGGCUCAAACGCAGCUCUAGCCCAUAAGCCCAGACCUGUGUGCUAGAGGAACUGUUCUUUCCAGUGUUGUGCUUUUUCUUUUUGUCUUUUCAUGGGAACAUCAUUCAUCUAAAUGGAAUAGGCCCAAAGUACUCUUUAUGCAGCGAAGCAGAUGAAGCAUAGGCUUUUUCAAUAAAAACAACAUUGGCAGCACCAUUAAACUAUGAGGUUUUUUGGUUCACUGUACUUCACUUAUGUCAAGAGCUGAAGCUUUUUUAAAUCUUUUGCUGGUCUGAGUCCAGAAGCUACAACAGUCUGUUUUAAACUCAGAGUUCUUAAUCACAAUGUUUUUUCUAUUUCUGUGUGUGACUAAAAGCAAAAUAGAGCUGCUGGUAAGACAUUGGGAUAGCGAAAAUGGAAGCAAGGAGAAUAAGAUGGUGAUGCUUUUUUCUUUUAAAUCCAAUCUACUGAUAUUUAUUUCUCUUAGAGUACUUGCCACCUCAGCAGAACAAGAUGAUUUUUCCGUAUUUCAAGCAUCAUGGAAACAAGAGCAUUUUAAGUCAGUGAAGGAAAUAUACCAUUUCUGUGGUUCCUAUGGAUUAAGUAAAUUGAUUUCAUACAUUAGUAACUUGGUAGCAUUGCAGAAAUGAUAGUUCUCCUUAACAUAGCAAGCUGCUUAACACCUAAUCCAGCAAUUUAUUUUUUUUUAGCAUUGCAGCAGCAGAACUGCUAAACAGUUCUGCUUAACAUAGCAGCCUGAUUAGCACCUCAUCUAGCAGAUUCAGAUUUUUCCUUUACUUUGUUUGGAGUUUUAACCUUUUCUUUGUCUUUCUGGUGAUAAUACUGUGAGAAGACCAGGAACUCAUAAUGUCCCAUGAAAGAUUAUGAGCUAUAAUACUCAUGAUCACUAUCAACAAUCCUCUGCUUCUAAUUCUAGCUCCACUUUGGACAAAUUUACUUCUUCCAGUAUGCAUUGGAUUGGAAAACUGUCCAGAGUAGAAGCUGUGUACUUUAUUUCUUACUCUGCAGUCUGGUGUGCAAAGUGAUACAGAUUUGUAUGCUGCACUAGAUUCCUUCCUCUGCAAUUUAGAUGCCGCUUAUAUUCAGCUUAGUAAAGAAGGGUCUAUAUUUAUUGCUGAUCUACUGUGAGCCACAAAGGUGAACUAGAUAAUUAAGCCUUCUUUUCUUUACUCUAUGGUUGGAUAGGUCCUAGACAUGACUGAAAUUUCUGAUUGGUUUACUUUGAAGAGAUUAUUUUUUUCCUGAGAUGUAGUUGACUGCUUUUGGUUUAAACAGCCUUCUGGAAAAAAUAUCAAGUAGCUUGGUAAGCAACUUUUACACUCUGAAAAGCAUUAGUUGUACUGUAGUUCCAGAAUUGUUUUUUAGUACACUAUUUUGUUUAAAAUUUGUAAUUACUCUUCUCUCUUUCAGAAUCUGCACUCAAGUGAAAAUUUAAUAGGGAAAAACACCUGAACCCUAAGAUAUUCUGCUGAUGAUUUGAAAGUAGUUUAAUAAUUUGUGUAAUUUUUAAAUAUGCUUUUUAUGAAAUACAGAAUCUUUUAGGAAAGCAUUUAAGGAGGUGUUCUUACUGUAGAGUGAAGUUAGAUGCAGUAAGAGUUACACACAAGCUGAGAAUGGUUGUCUUUUAUUGUCUUUUUGGGGGUAGAACUAGGAUAUGUUUCAGUUUUGUCCCAAAUAAAGCAACUAGUAUUGUGCGAUUUUAUUAGAAGAAAUUUUUCUUUUUAUUUAAGUCACACUUGCUUUAUGCCAACAUCUAAAUUUUUAUACUGUAUGAGUAGCGUGUUAAAAGCAUAAUGUUUCUGCAUUACUACUACCAUAAUACUUUGUAUCACAGCUGCAUGAAAAUUGCAUUCAUUGUUGUGUUAUAGUUUUGAGAACUAGGUAUUAGUUAUCUUUAUGUCUGUUCCCACUGGCCCUACACCAAAGCAGGGAAAAUCAGUUGUAUUUUGUGUUUAAAACAGCAUUCGUGCCAUUGUUUUUUGUUUUUUUUUUAUUAGCAUCACAGAAUGUUCAGGCUUACAGGCAACCGAAGUGCAGUGACACAAGGAAAUAAUCACUCCUUAUGCUAAUGGUCAGUUUAAGUUAAUAAUAUUUCAGAGAAAUUAUAUUUCCCUUUUCCCCAUUCCUGGUGCUCUCUUUGCUGCUAUACAGCACAUGCAGCAUACCCCAGGGAGCCUGAAUUCUUUAAAACUCUGCAGGGAUAUUGAGACGUUGCUUCUGUGAUGCUGCAUUGUGUCCUGUUUGAUACGUCCUAUCCACAGUGAUCGCCAAAUGUGCUUUUCUAUCAUGAUAUGUCUGCAUGCUUGCUGUGCUUACUGUGUUUUAUUCAAAUACACAUCACAGUGUCGUGUUGUUUGCAUGACAAAUAACAGAAUAUUAAAUCUUCAGGGCCACAGAAGAAGGCCUCACAGUGCAGAAAUAACAAGUCUACAAUUUUAUUACCCAAUCUCACAUUUUUUUUCCUUUGGUCCUUUGUAUCCUAAAACAAAAUAUAAACUUUAUUUGAGAAAUUCUAUGUUGACCUAGAUUCUAUGUUGACCUUCCUAGAAGUGGAAGAAAAUUAACACUGGAUGGCACAAUCAUUUUUGUAGCAUUGCUGAUUUAAACACAGCAUAUAUUCAGUGAAAGUAUCAUGGGAAACUUUUUCUCAGCCUAUGGUUAAGUCUGAUUAUAUAGACUAUGCUUAAAGCUUUCAUGGAUCUUUUGUGUGUCUCAUAUUCUCAAAUAUUUUCCUCUUAGUUUAAAUAGUAAUCCCGUUCUGCAACUAAAUGCUGAAAACUGCCAGUUUGACUUAAACUGAAAAUUCUGAGUAAAGUUAAAUGGCACAUGCAUAGUGAUACUUAAGGGCUUUUCUAUUUACAAUUUGAUUUCUACAACAACCACUCAGCUAAUAGUAAAUUUCCACCAAAAUAAUUAGCUGCAUUCCUUCAAAUAAACCCUCUUUCUUGUGAUGGUGAGCACACUCAGUAUGCUAAAUCUUGACAAGUCAAAAUAAUCUGAAAAAAUUGUCAGUAUAAGAAUUGUAAAAUGUGAAACUUAAUUGUCAAACUAAAACCUGUCAAAAAUGUAGUUUAAUGCACUUUAAAGACAAGGAAGAGCUUGAAUUCAGCUGGUGUUAGAUGAAGAUUCAUACAUUGAAAACAAAAUAAUUUGUUUAUCAGUGUUACCUUUUAUUACAUACACAUAGAAUACUGUAAAAUUUGAAAGUAACUUCACUCUGUUAUGCACUUUAUUUUUUUGCAUUCUUCUUAAAAAACUAAAAUAACUGCAAACAUUUUUGAGUUUUAAUUCUAGUUGAUGGAAUUGUUUAAAUUGUGAAUACUGAAAGAAAAUGUCUAUGGGAAAGUAUUAUUUCUGGUAUUUAAAAAGAAUUACAAAAUUUUUGUGGUCUAAGAAUUUUUUAAAUCAUCCUAUAGAAAAUAUAAGUAUUGGACCAGUCUGGAAUUAACCAAACUCAUAAACUCACACGAGGGUAACAAAGGAAAUAUUCUGAAUGCAAAGAAAUAUAUGAAAUUAUGCUGCCUGGUGUUACUUUGUGGAUUAUAAAGUGCUAAGACCUUGUACUUCCAGUACAUAUAAAUGGCACAGUGCAUUCUAAGGAACAUUGGAAGUGUGUUAAAAGUUUUGGGCCAUUCUUAUUUUUCCAAAGUCUCCAAAAAUAUAUAUAUUUUUUUUAACAAAAGAGUAAUGUAAAGUAUACCUCCUUAUGCAAGUGUUACUGAUAGAAAAUUGUUAACAUUUUCUUUUAAUAAACAAAAGGGACAAAA